GAGACCCUCCCCUCUCUUCAUUUGGACUUCCUGUCAUACCAGAAAGAAUAACAAAGUUAGAAAGACUUCAAAUAUCAUUUUAAUGAUAAGAUUGUCCCAUUGACCACCCAUUUCCAAUUCGAUUCAAUUAGAAAAGUAAUUGUUUCUUAAAAAGCAUAAGAAGACAAAAUUUUGUUUUUGAUUGAAGACUUUGAUAUGUCUUAAAUCUGUUGUGAGGAGAAAUUGUUUUAUUAUUUAAGAUGGGAGAAAAUUCACCCCCUCUUCCGAGAGGGUCUUACAAUUUUAACUUUGAUGACUUUGAUGAAAACACAAAUCCUUUUGAAACUAAAACAAAAGUGGAACAAUUGGACAAUGAUUUACCGAUCGAUCCAUUUAAAUCUAGCAAAACAUUAAGUCUGUCUCCAACAACAUCAAACAACAAUAUACACGACACUGUGAAUAAUGAAGUGGAUCUAGUCAAACAUGCAACAGAGCCAGUCAAGACUGGGAACAAGAUCCCUAGGUCACCAAUUCAAUCUCCAGAUAUGUCUGGUGAUCAAUUAGAUAUGCAGAUACAAGAUUCACCACCAGCACAACCAGAAUCAGUAUCACAAACACAAGAAUCUCCUUCUCCCCCAGAGGAAUCGCUAAAACCACAAAGUCAAAAGAAACCAGCAAUAAGGAAAGGGAUAAAGAAGCCAAAGUUUAAAUCAAAAUUAAAACCUCCACCAAAUUUUGGAGCACAGAGUGAUGAAAUAGAAAUCUUUGCUCCCCCACCAGUAGAAGCUGAACAGCCAGAAACAACAGCCAUUGAAAAUUCUCCACCUAAACAUGACAAUACUGCUGAAUGUAGUGCCAUUGAAAAUACUCCAGUGAUAUCGCAUGACAAUACUGCUGAUCCUUUUGUUGAGGAUGAACCACAUGAUGUGUCACAUGACCUAAAUGUUAUAAAUAAAUCUUUGUUACUAGAACCUAAUGAUUUAGGUCCAGAUAUGGCAAGAAGUUUGGAAAUGGUUCAUGAUUUUGGAGCACAUGAAAUGCCUUAUGAAGAAAAUGAAGGAAUUUCUCCAGCACCAGAAGGUUUCAGUGAUUCAGUAGGUUUGGAUAUAGCCGGAGAUGCUCAGAUAAAUUCAGUAUAUCUUGCUGGUAAUGCCAAAAUAGAACAAGCUCCAAAGUCUUCAGGAAAUAGAUUCUUAAGAGCAUUGUUGAAUCAUGUUACCAAAAGAGGGUUAAAAUUUGGAAAAGACGAAAGGAAAGAUGAGGAUUUAACACAGGAUGGUAAUGAACAAUCCUUAAUGACAACCCCAGCAAAUAAAACCACAUCCCGUGUUCCCAAGCACCCUGCUACGAGGGUCUUGGAGGGCGAGGUGGAGAAAUUGGAGAGGACUCAUGGUGAAGAAGGUGAAGAUCUCCAGUAUUUCGAUGCUUACGAAUUUCCUCCUUCGGUCAGCGACUCCUCCAGGGUGAAGAAGAAUGGCUUGAGAGACAGAAUGGACAAUAAAGAAACAAUAGUACAACUUGUACAGGGAGAAGCUGGAAAUCAGGUGCUGAAAUACUCCCAGUCAGACUGGAACAAAAUGAAACAAGAACUAGAACUUGACUUCCAGACCAGACUGCUGAAUAAAGAAAGAGAAUGGGGUAAAAGGCUAGCUGAUAAAGAAAAGACUACUUUACAUUUACGAGAGGAGACUAAAAUCUUAAAGCAGUCUAAUGAUGAUAUGAGGGCUAUUGUAACAGAGUUUGAGAAAACUAUCUCCCAGUUACAAGCGGAGACAGAAAAGACUUCAAGCGAUUCUCAGAAUAGCAUUGAAGAUAUAAUUAAGGAAAGAGAUCAGGCAAUAGAUGAUCUCCAGGGUGUAGAAAUGGCUUUCUCAGAUUUACAUAGAAGAUAUGAAAAGACAAAAUCGGUUGUAGAAGGUUUUAAAAAGAAUGAAGAAGUUUUGAAAAGAUGUAUAGAAGACUAUCAGUCAAAACUGAAGAAAUCAGAAGAAAAACUUCAAAUUAUCAAACAACAAGCUGAAGAAAAAUUAGAUAUAGCAAAUAUAGAAAUGGAUAAGUUACGGAAAUCAACUUCAUCGGAUAUGGCUCGUUUGGAGGCAGCAAUGAGAAAAGCUGAUUUACAGGUUGUUAGUUUACAGAACUCAUUAGAACAAAAGAUUCGAGAAAAUGAAGAAUUAACUGCAAUAUGUGAUGAACUUAUAUCUAAAGUAGGGUCAGAUUAAUGUAAAUAAAUGUACAGGUUUUAUAUAGCUAUAACUCAUAUCUUGUGUGUCAGAGAGACUUUUGUAUGCUACAAAAAAAUGUAUUUGAAGUUUAGAAAAACCUUUUACAAUUGAAUUCAAUAGUUUAGAUAUUAUUGCUCUAUAUGAUUUAUGCCUUGUGAAGUGGUUAAUAAAUCAUAAUUAUCGAUAUUUUAUGAAAUUUUCCUUUGAUCUUGCUGACUGAUAAAUUCUUUUCUCAGUGGAGUCGAGUGAUAUGAAAAUUAUCGAUAGAAACUAAGGGGGCACUUGGCAUUGCUAAUGAAAUUGACAUGAAAUUGACAACGUCGUCAUAGGUAAAAUAGCGAUAAACAGAUUAUCAUUGGUCAUCUCAACUCGAUUGCUUUUCUCACUUUCGCCGUACUGGCUCAAGCGAGAAAAUCAAUCUCAUUGCGAUGAUCAACGAUGAUCUAUAAAUAUUCAGUAAAAAAAAACAGAGAAAAAAAGUUUUGAAAUAUUAGAAAGUGUGAUUUAUUCUGAUUAUUAGAAAGAGAUUCUUUGUUCUUUAAAUGAAUUUUGAAAACUAAAAUUUAUAGCAUGUGUGCAUUUUGUACCACUGGUCAAUUUUAAGUUUCGAGCUUUUCACUAUUUUAUUUUUAAUAAAGAAUGCAUCAAAUGGUAAAGAGAACAUUUGCAGCAAUUUGAUUUUAAAUAUAUUUUUUGUGUAGCAAUGAUUGUUAUUUUUUUCAAACAUGUAUUUCAAAUAUAAUUUCAAAAGAAGUUUAAAGCAACUCUGAAUACUGGUACUGUAUGAUAAAUAAAACAUAGAAUUGUUUUUGAUAAACUCAAAAUAUCAGAAAAAAAGUAUUUCUCAAAUAAAAUAUCAAAGGGAGGUAAUAAUUAGUCUGUUGGAUAUAUGAAUUAUUCCCCCUUGGUUACAUAUUAUAUUUGAUUCAUUCUAAAAUUGAGAUACUCUGUUAAAUGAAUUGUAUGUGCAUUGGGAUUUUAUUAUGGAGUAUAAUUGACCUUAAAUGAAAAUGUGAAUUAAAAGAUCAUACAUGUAUUUAAAUUUGUAUCUACUUAAAAAGUGUAAAACUUUGAUCAUAGCUUGUGCAAAAUCCAUAUGUGUUCCAAAGCUUAUGCAGCAAGUAUUUGUAUAUGAUAUCCAUUCUACUUUUGAACUGUGGUUGAUUAUUGUAGAAUUAAUUCAUAAUUGUAGAUGGUUAGAGUUUUAGUUGUUAUAUUAGGGAUUUCAUCAGCAGAGUUUGAUGAUAUCUUAACGAUCUUACUGCAUUAAGGUGGUAUGGGUGUCUUUCGCCAUCUUGGAUUGUAAAAAACAGAGAAUCUAAGGUCCAUAUUUUCUAUCAAGCUAGUAAAAUUUGAUGCAGGAAUGCAGAUACUUAAUGUGAAUUUUCAUUUAAAAGAACCAAUUUAUAAGAAUAUAACUUAGAAAUAUUAAUAUUUUUACAAGUGUAGAUUAUUUUGUAUAUUUUUUUGAAUAUUUUCAAAUUGGCAAUUUAAGGGGAGGUAACUCUAAAACAGUGCAUUUUCUGAAGGACUCUACAUGAAAUUUUCCUAUUUUGUCUUUUAGCCGGAAAAAAACGUACGGUGACCCUUAUCUUUUCUUUUGAUAUUCUCAAAGCAUUGUCUGAAAGCAAUCUUUUCCUAAUUCAUUUUACAAUUCUAUCAUUUUGUUUAGUUUCUAUUUACAAAAUGUUGUUUUGUUCCUGUAUAAUCCAUACAAAAUUUGUCAUUUUGUCACAACCUGUAGCUUGAGAAAAUGCGCGGUGACCUAUCAUUUUUAUGAUAUUUUUAAACAUGUAUCAAUAGAUACUACAUUUUGACAAAGUAUGAACAAAUUCUAUCAUUUUUAUUUUAGACUCCCAUACCACCUUAAAUGGUAUCUGUAUUUGUGGUAUAGUCUAAUGGUCACAGGCAGAUGUAGAAUUGAGAUUGAAACAUCUGUUUACCUUUAUGCAAAUAUCUGUUAAAGACAUUAGUGAUCACAAAAUUGCGUCAGACUUUUCCAUAUUUUCAUGUAGCUGCUGAUCAAUUGAAUUAAAAUUUUAUAAAGAGCUGUUUGCAAGUGUUAUACAUUUGUGUCUGUUGAAAUCAAUUGAUUAUAGGAAAACGUGUUUAGGUCCACACACUUUAUUAGUAGUCAAAUUUUUUUGGCUUGUGCUUCUUGUAUUCAGAUAUUCACCUUUUACAAUAUAAUUGUGCCAUUUAAAAACAUGCCUUCAUCUUUUUUGUCAUAUAACUAUUUUGAACAAACUAUGGACAUUUGCAAAUAUAAAUAAGUAUUUUUAUUUAUAAUAUUUCAAUUGUCAUUAAAUGUCUUUAAUGUAACCACAUUUUUUUUCAAAUCAUUAUGUGUUGCAUCAUUGCUAUUUUUAACUUGUUUUGUAAAAACAGAUUGAAAUUUUAAUAUUUUUUAUGUGUAAAAGUUAUAAUAUAUUAAAAUAUUUAUUUAUGAUAUAUAUAUGUUAAUAUGGUUAGCUGUUCAUGUUUCACAUAGCCAUGACAUUGAUCAACAGAAAUUGAACAAAGAAUAUAAAAAAAGUCAUGUCAAACAUUUUAAAUGAACUUUGCACCAAUCCCUUUCUAUGUAAUGAGCUUUACAUCAAUCUCUUUCUAUGUACAAAGAAAAUAUUUAAAUGUUUUAAUCCCUCAAAACGUAUUUUAAAAAAAUUGUGAUUUUUUUAUUAAAAAUUCAGCAGUAAUAAAUUUUUAGUAUCCAGUUGACAUUUUAGUUGCUAACUCUAUUAAAAUGUGAUUUUGGAUUACAUUUAGAAAGAAGAAAAAAGAGAAUUUAAAGACAACUGUAUGUGAAAUAAGAAUUGUCUCAAAGCUGUCUCAGUUUGGUUUCAUAAUGAAUUGUGGGAAACCAGUUGUUCUUUAUUUUAAAGUCAUAAGAAACCUCAAAUCAAAAAAAAAUAAUGCAUAUGUUUUUUAUAACUCAAUGGAUAGUUUUUAUUGUAAAACUUAUGUACAUAUACUUUUUUCUGAAGAAAAUUCUUUAAUUUAUUCAUAUUUAGAAGAAGUUUACUUCCAUCAAGCAAUUCCCCCGAUAUAUUUUCCGUAUGCAAGGUGACCUCAGUGUGACCCAUCUCUUAAAAAUUCCGGUGACCACAAUACGCAUGGAUGUCCUUAAAAUAAACUAUUAUCUGAAUUUACAUGUUAAACACGUGCUCAAUUUCCAUGCUUUUUGUAGAUUGUUGACAAACAGGUAACAAUCGUUAAACUUCGGCUUCAAAACAAGAACUUUAAUUACCUGCCAUAUUUUCACAACAACACUGACCGAUUGAAAAAAAAAUUGACGAUUUAACCAAAAUUUACAUGAAAAAAAUGAUAAAUUAAAGCACAGAAGACUAAGUUUAUGAUGUUUGUAUGCAUUGGUUUAAGAAUUGGAAGAACAGUAUUUUUCACCGGUCACUCGUUUCUUAUGACUUUAAAAGAUACAUAUACAAAUUUGAAAAACAUUUACCCUGUCUGAAAUACUUUAAUAUUUUAAAAUGACGUUGUUUUAAUCAAUGAAAUUAAAGGAUAAACUGUUUAAAUGCAAGAAAACGGCAUACACUGUAUAGUCUAUUGUGAUAUACAGUCACUGACUGUUAAAAGCCUUUUUAUGACGUUCACAAUGUGUUUCUGUAGUCUUAAAAAUCAAUAAUAAAAUGCAAUUGACAGAACACAGAGUUUUUAUACAAUUGCUUAAUUAUAAUUUAAGUCCUUUUAAAAUGUAACUUUUCAUAACAUUAGAUGCCUAAUUUUUUUUUAUCAGAUUUCAAUUGAAUGGUUUCAUUACACUGUCAACAGUUAAGCAUGGUUUAACAACAAUGAUGAAAAAGUAAUCUCAUAGUAGACAAAAAUAUGAAUUAAUGUUAACUUUGUUAUGGUGAUCUCAGUAGUGAUAUUUAAUUAGGAUUUUGACAUUGUGUAUGGUAAUGAUAUUUUGUUUUAUGUGGAUUCAUUUACUUUCGUGUGUACCAAUUUUCAUGGAUUGUGGAAAACUGCCAUUUUCAUGGAUUUUUGAUUUUUCAUGGUUUUCCAAAAGUCUGAAUAUAACCACACAGCAAAUGUGUAAUUCAUUGAACAUUACACUUCGUGGUUUCCAUGUACCCACUAGUUCCACGAACAUUAGUAUCCAAUGAAUAAUAAUGAAUCCACAGAACUUUAGAGUUGAGACAUUGUGCAUGUUUUUAUUGAUUUGACCAUGUCCAUGUUAUAGACACAGUGUGCAUGUUUAUGUUAGAGUUGAGACAUUGUGCAUGUUUUUUAUUGAUUUGACCAUGUCCAUGUUAUUGACACAAUGUGCAUGUUUAUGUUAGAGUUGAGACAUUGUGCAUGUUUUUAUUGAUUUGACCAUGUCCAUGUUAUUGUACAGUUUUGAUACAAUAAAGCCUUUGUGAUAAAUGUGACCAAUGAUGUACCUCAUUUAAACAAAUUACAUAUUUUAUCUGUCAUUCAUCAACCAUACAAAUUGAUAUUAUCAAAAGUUUUGGUUUUAUUGUGAAAACUGGCUCACCAUAUACUUAGAUUUGUGCAAAUCAUAGAAUAACCAUUGAUUUAUAUAUGAGCUGUUUUCAGGUAAAAUUUCUCAGCUGUUGAAAUCAACAUAAAAGUGAAUCUGAUGACUGGUUCCCACAGGACAUUUCAAUUUCAGCAGGUUUCAGUUUUAAAAAAUCUCUGGUAUCACUUCAAUACUGUGAAUUCAAUUCUAUUCUAGGAGUACCAAUUUUUAUGGAUUCAUGGAUAUAGGUAAACCACAAAUUAAAAUUUUAAAAUUAUAAAUUUUUUAUCAGCUUAUCAUCAAACUGUGGCAAAACCAUGAAAUCAAAUAUCUACUAAGAUGCAAUUCUUCCUCAUCCACAAAAGUUGGUACUAACAAACAUAAAUGAAUUCACAGUAGAUUUGCUUAGUCAGGAGAUAUUAGGUAUAUGGUAUGUUAGUUACCGCAAUAAUAUCAAGUUUCACAGAUUAUAUAUACAAGUAUGUCUAUUUUAUCUUGAAUAAUUUUGACAUUUUAGAGUAUAUAUGUGAAAUUUUUACGAAGUUUUCAGCAGAGAAAUCAAAUUUAAAUAUGCUUAUAUUAAACUGCUUUGAUGUUUUUACAUUUAGAAAAAAAUGCUGAUUACUUAAAAGUAAUGAAAAGGUUCUCUUCGGAAAUAAGUAAGAAGAUUUAGAAGUGAAUACAGUUUCCUUAAUUUUACUGUAUUUGUGUUAUUUGGCAGUGAGCAUCGUAAAUUAUUUUUUGAUAUGUUUUUAAAUAAAACCAAGAUGUGUUAAUUUAUGCAUACAUGUGUCAAAGUAAGGGUUUGUUUUUUAAAGGACAACUUUCGUUUUAACUGACAAUUAUAAAGUCAAUGCCAGUGUUAUGUAAUUGUCUAAUCAGCUUUUUCAAUAUGUAAGAACAAUUUUAUGUACCUUAAAUUUCGAAGUGUCUUGGUAUGGCAUUCUGUGUUGUAUAAGAAGUGCUAAAGGACUGGGAUGACUAUUUAUCAUUCUGUUUAUAAUUCAAUGAUUAUGUUCAGAUUAUAUUGUUAAAGCUUGA